AGAUUUCUGUGAAUCCAAUGCUUUCGUGUCGAGAUUGUUGCGUUGCUAGCCUUCUAGGGUUCUACUAGAUGGCUACGCCUGGUGGAGUGACUGGUGUCGGCAGUGACUCUUUUGGCAUCUGGCUAGUCAUUUUUUCUCUAGUUUUGGAGAAAUGUCGGUAUCGAAUUGUUGGGAAUUGAGCGUGUCGGAUCUAAUCAUGCUAUUACUUCUGUAGAAACCGCAUACAUUUUGUGCUUUUCUUACCAUUUCAUUUCGCAAACUCAUGUUGAUCUGUUUAGGUGUUAGUCCGAAUUACUAGUACUGUAGUACUUUGGUUGAACUAGUACGGGGUUGUCCAAUGGUGGAGAAACCUUAGGGUGUGUUUGGUAGGGUUUCGGUUUCUCUCGUAAGCGUUUCGGUUCCAGAUUUUCUCUGUAAACGUUUCUCUGGAGAAUUAGAAUCACCUCUGCAAACCGUUUGGUUAGCUUUCUGGAUUCAAUUUCUUGAUUGAGAGGAUGGUGGUGCAAUCGACCAUUUUGCCCUUUGCUGAUAUGCUGUUUUUUUUUUGUUUUUUUUGCAAUAACAACAAUUGACAUACAUAAACAGCAUGAGCAUCAUCUCUGAUCGUUUUUGAGCAAUUGUUGCAUGCAUUUGAAUUUAAUUGGAAUUGAUCAAAUUCAUGAAAGUGAGGUCAUGUGAAGACACUUGAAAUUCACAAUAUAACUUAGAGCUGGAGAUAAUUUUAGAAAUUAGUCCAUUAACUAAGAUGAGUGUUGGUGAUUUUUUCUUAAUUUUUGGGAAUCUUUUUAAAGCUCUAAAAAUUCAUGGAAGAUGCAAAAACAGUCAACUUUAAUGAAUUUUAAUUUGAAUUCUGUUCAGGACUUUUAAGUGCAAUCAGUUAAAAUGGGUUGCUUAUGGAUUAUAGAACCUACACAAAAAUUGGUAGAUUUUUUGGAGCCUUUUAUAAGGUCUAAAACUAUAGGGAAAAGAGAUGGAUUUUUGAGGCAUCUUAACAUGGGCUGAAUCGGGAGAAUAGGUGAGAAACGGCCUCCCAGCUGUUUUGGUGAUUCUCUCCCGAUCCUUGAAUCGAGCUGCCCAGAAUCGUUUCUUGCUCGACUGUUUGGCUGCUGGAUUCAUCGGAACUGCCAAGAAUCCGAAACGAUUCCGGCAGCCAAACAGGGCCUUAUUGUGCGUGUUUUGGUGCUUUGCUCAGACUUGGAGCAAAAUGCAAAUGUUUUGUCCAUCCGUGACGAAUAACAUCAAGCUUGUAAGGUCAAAUUGUGCUGAAACAUUAUGUUUGACAAAAAAAAGGCAAUCAAAAGGUUACAACAUCUUUAAGCCCAUCGGUUGAAGGAAUCAAUUUUUAGGAUCAUUCGUGAUGGGGAACUUUGAUAUCCUCAUGGAUUUGGCAUUUUGUGCUACUCCGCAGCAUCAAUCCAAUUCAAAGCGUCCACACACGCCUGAUCAUUGUCAGUACUACAAAGCUGUUAUCCAGGGCAAGACAGGGAAUAGGACUACUAGCAAUGUCCCACAUGAGAUGGAAGCUCAUUCUGCAGCACAUCAAAUAGAAACAGAAAUGGCAACAAAGUGGAACCGUCAAUUCAUGAGAGCUUCCCAGGGUGCUGACUAUGAUUACUUUGAACAUAAUCUAAUGGAUGCUGGUGGAGAUGUCUAUUCACUGAAGGAGGAGCUUAUGGUGGCUCAGGAUCGAAUUCAUGAGCUUGAAGCAGAGUGUCGAUCUACAAAGAAGCAGCUUGAUCGCUUGGUAAAGAAUCUCGCUGAGGAAAAGGCUUCUUGGAAGAGUAGGGAGCAUGAUAAGGUUCAACACAUCUUAGAUGCUGUCAAGGAGGAUCUCAACCGGGAGAGGAAACAGCGACAGCGGGCAGAAAUGAUGAACUCUAAACUGCUCAAUGAUCUAUCUGAGAUUAAGUUUGCUGCGAAGCGUUAUUUGCAAGAUUAUCAGAAGGAAAGGAAGGGGCGGGUGCUCAUGGAAGAGGUUUGUGAUGAAUUAGCAAAGGAGAUUGCAGAAGACAAAGCUGAGGUUGAGGCUCUGAGAAGUGAAUCGAUGAAGAUCAGAGAUGAAUUGGAGGAAGAGAAGAAGAUGCUCCAGAUGGCUGAAGUUUGGCGUGAAGAGAGGGUGCAAAUGAAGCUUGUUGAUGCAAAGCUGACACUUGAGAACAAGUAUUCUCAGCUAAGUAAACUUCAGGAUGAACUUGAGGAUUUACUUCGUUCCCAGCCAGGCAAUAACCCAGAAAGAGGAACAGUAAGGGAAGUAGAAAGGCUCAGGGAGGCAAUUUGCUCUAUGAAGCUUAAUGGCACCAAGGAGUUUUCUUACAAACCCGCUCCUCCUUCAGAGGACAUUUUCGCUGUAUUUGAAGAACUCAAGCAGAGGGAAGAUACUAGUGAGAAGGUGAUUGUGCAAUGUAACGGAAAUAGGCCCAAGAGUCAUGCAUCAAAAAACCACACAGUGAGUCCUGAAACUGACGUGUUCUUGGGAAAUCCAGCUAGCCGAUAUUGCAGUCAGCCUCGCACCAGACAUGAGGAGGCGGAAGAUGAUAGUGGAUGGGAGACUGUCAGCCAAGUUGAGGAGAACGGCUCUAGUAAUUCACCAGGGGGAAGUGAACCAUCAGUAAAUGGCUUCUGUGGAGAAAAUGAUGCUUCAGUGAGCGGAACAGAUUGGGAUGAUAACUGUGACAAUGACCAGGCACAUAGUGAGAUCAGUGAAGUUUGUUCAACAACUGCAGGGAGGUACCGGAAUAAGAGGUCAUUUGUGGGACUCUGGAGAUCAUCAAACAGUGUUGAUCAAAAUAAAAUGGGAGCUGGGAUACUAAAUGGUAAACUAUCAAAUGCCAGGAUGUCAAAUGUCGCUGAAUCUCCCGAUCUGAAGAACAGUGAAGUGUGUGACAGUUCGCCAAGUGUAGGACAAUGGAGGCCAGACCUGCUAAAUCCGGACAUUGUUCGAGCGAUAAAAGGAUGCAUCGAAUGGCCCCGAGGAGUGCAGAAGCACAGCUUGAAGUCCAAGCUUCUGGAGGCAAGGAUUGAUGGCAGUAAGGUCCAGCUGCGCCAAGCACUGAAGCAGAAGAUAUAGCACAGUCAGUCAGUCAGUCCUGUUCUAUAUGCGAGGAGAAUAUCAUGAUCCGUUUGCUCGUGGUGCUGCUUCAUCUGGAGCAGGCAGCGCCCUGCGAGAGGAAUUGCUGCAGCAGUGGUUGGCAACUGGGUGUUAUCAUUGACGGUACCCGAUUGGUGGCUGAUGGCCCGCCGGCUUGUCUAAAUGAAAUUGUGACUUGUGAGCCCGGUGGAAUCACGCCUGCCCUGUGUAAAAGUAUUUUAAUCAAUAAUCAGUGCAAUCAUUCGACCACACUAAUCGAUA